AUGCUUCACACAAAAUCUAUGUUCAACUUAAAGAUGGUUAUUGGCAAAAUUCUUGGUUUAAUUUUACUAAUGGAGAUGAUUGUGCAUGGUUUUAGAUUUGAAGUAGUAGAUGGUUUUAGAUUUGAUGUAGUAAAUGGUUUCAGAUUUGGAGUAGUAGAUGGUUUGAGCAUGGAAUAUUAUCUGCUCAGGUGCCCAUUAGCUGAACUAAUUGUGAAAAUUAAAGUUAUCAAAGCUUUGCAAGCUGAUCCUACCCUAGCAGCCAGCCUUGUUAGAUUGCAUUUCCAUGAUUGUUUCAUAGAGGGAUGUGACGGGUCGGUUCUCCUUAAUUCAACAAAGCAAAACAAAGCAGAGAGAGACUCCCCAGCAAAUUUGAGCUUGCGGGGAUUUGAACUUAUUGAUGAAAUAAAAGAGGAACUUGAAAAACAAUGCCCUGGCAUAGUCUCAUGUGCUGAUAUUCUUGCAAUGGCUGCCAGAGAUGCAGUAUGCAAGGCUGGGGGUCCUCUUUAUGACAUACCUAAGGGAAGAAUGGAUGGUACGAGGUCUAAAAUAGAAGACACAAUCAACCUUCCUGCACCAACCUUCAAUGCCUCUCAGCUCAUUAACUUGUUUGGGCAGCAUGGUUUUAGUGCCCAAGAAAUGGUGGCUCUUUCGGGCGCACAUACACUAGGAGUGGCAAGGUGCUCAUCAUUUAAAAACCGAUUAGUGGGGGGCUUGGAUGCAAAUUUAAAUGCAGACUUUGCAAAGACAUUAUUCACAACAUGCAGCGCUAGUGAUACUGCAGAGCAACCCUUUGAUGAAACAAGAAAUACUUUCGAUAAUCUUUACUAUCGUGCAUUGCAAUGUAAAUCCGGAGUGCUCGAUUCCGAUCAAACCUUAUAUGCGUCCGCAGAAACUAAAGGAAUCGUGGAUAGCUAUGCAUCCAACAAAGUCAUGUUCUUCUCUGAUUUUAAACGGGCAAUGGUGAAAAUGAGUAUGCUUAAUGUUAAACAAGGUUCACAAGGCGAAGUACGACAAGAUUGCUAUAAAAUUAAUUGAUACUAAAGUUUUCCAUCAAGACUUUAGUUUGUUUGGCAAAAUAGUUUUCAAAUUUUUUUUUAAAAA